AUGGCAACCCUCAUAACAUCAUCACCAACAAAAUCACCCUCGAAGCAUAUAUCUGGAGACCCAGAUCAGCCAGCAAUAACUGUGGUAGACAAGUCUGGUGUUCACUCCCUUUCCAUAUGUUAUUGCCACUGCCCCGGUGCUCUCAGCCGAGACAUGCAGCUCUUUCAAGCCGGCGUGUUCCCGGCAUCUUUCACCAGACUGAAAACUGCAUUCACAUUCGCUGUCUUGGACGACUUUCUGUUAGACAAUCUCGAGUGCGGUACAUCAGCCAUGAAUUACUACAGCAAAAUUCACAGACUAACAUCGAGCAUCUUUCCACUAAUGGUUCCGGAUCACUACAGAGAGCUCAUGAGAGCUGCCAGGCAGUGGCGACAAUGCAAGCUUUACAAGUGGCAUGGAUUGGCCCACAAAGAUGACCAGCCCAAGGACGGUGAUCUCGCCCUAUUUUGCCCGGCAUGUCCGCAACUGGGUAUAAACUUGGACCUGUCUACCGGUACAGUCGCCCAGUCAGAUGAUACACCUUCCUGGCUCAUGACUAGAUAUUUGGUCAUGGAUGGAAAUUUCAAAGCAGAGCACAUGGAUCCAGUGAAUCCAUCUGACAAAGUAUCAUUGAUGGAUGGCCUGGGAUUCAUGGUCUCCGAUGAAAGAUACAAGAGGCAUUUAGCCACUGCUCGAGACCAUGUCCAAAGGCUGGAGGCCACCGGUAUAGGAGGAUGUGCAUGUGCACGGCAUGGAUGUUUCGUCCCACAUUCAAUGGUGGACUUUCAGAAAGGCGAAAGGUUGGUACAUAUUGCAUCCGGUCACAUCAAUGGCUGA